AUGCCUCGUUUAACUAAAGUUCAAAGUGUAAAAAUGCGAGUCUUGCAAAAAUAUCCAAAAAUUGAUAAUUCAGUUAAUCAACAAUGCAUUUCAACUUCUCAAUUAACAGCUUCACAAAUUGAACGAAUAAGAAAGGAUUUAAUAACAAAAGUUAAUUACUUAUCUGAAAAAGAGCUAAUAGCUAGUUCCCAGUUAUUUAAUAAUAUAGUGUAUAAAACUGGAAUAUAUAAAGGAAAGAUUUUAUCAUCAUACUUACAAAAAAAAGCCGUAGAAUUAAUGUAUACAAUUAAAGGAAAAUCUAGUUUCAAUUUUCAAGAAACAAUUAAAUCACUAAAAAUUGAAAACUCGAAGUUAAAAAAAAAAAUACAAAGACUAAAUUAUAAGGUAGCAUCUUUAACACAGAAACUUCAAUACUUUAAACGAUCUAAAAAUAAGCACAUAUCCAAAAUUAGGUCCGUAGUUCGAAAAAGACAAAAAAUUUCCGAUAAAAAUGUUAACAAAGCAAUUAUCAAAAAAUUUAAACAAAAUGACCGUACCUAUACGCCUGAAUUUGUUUCAUUAGCUACGAAUUUAAGUACUACUGGUCAAGUAUCAAUUGCAUCAACAGUACAAUAUACAAAAAAAAUAGUAGCAUUUCUUACUGGUUAUUCUCCUCAAUUAUGGUUAUCCGCAAGCACUUUAUCUCGAUGGACAAAAGAAGUAGCACAAAUUUCUAUACAGGAUAAUUUACCUCAAUUUUCUAGCCGAUUUAGUUCAUAUGAACCUAUGCUUACUAUUCUUAAUAUGAAAGACUUAGAUCAGUGUUCUGCAUUAACAGUAUCUUCAAGUGUUGGAGAAGCUAUUAUAAAAAACUCAUUAAAUCCAGCUCAAUCCAUUGAACAUCCAGAUGAAGUUUUUGUAGAAGAAUUUUUAUUGGCUUAUGAAAUUUUACCUGAAGAUGAAUUUGUUGACCUUACUAAUAGAGUUGAAAAUGGAUUAGUAAAAGCAUUAGAGGCAUUUAAAAAAUAG